UAUCUUGAUGGGGAGAUGAGGACUGUUCCAUCUAUUCCCAAUUCCAAAGUGCUGAACUAGAUGGCCACCGAGGCGUUUGGGUCUUUCUGGGGAGGAAAAGAUAGGCACCAACCCUAUAAAGAGAAGCUUUCCUCUUCUCGUUUGGGCCUGAGCUACCCGCAACCACCGCACGCUAGGUACCAAAGGCAGCAACAGAACAGAGCAGUGUUACGAAGCCUUCCUUGCAAGAGUUGCUCUAAUGGAAGGGUCAACGAGCCAAGAGCAUGUGAUUGGGAUCCCGGUGAGCAGCAGGGCUUAUGGUAUAGAGGAGCCGGAAUUCCCGGCGGAAGAGACGCCCGAACAUGGCGGCUUCGUCGGUUCUUUUCAGUCCAACCACGAUGAGCACCGCUCGACUGCCGAUCUGCCGACGAGCAAACAUGGCAGCAAGGGAGACAAGAUCGCUCAGGGCAUCAAAGAGCAUGUGACUCUUGGGCCAAAACUGUCCGACACGGUCAAGGGGAAGCUGGCGUUGGGCGCGAGGAUCAUCCAGGCCGGCGGCGUGGAGAAGGUGUUCCGGCAGUGGUUCUCCGUGGACAAGAACGAGAAGCUGCUCAGGGCGUCGCAGUGCUACCUCUCGACGACGGCCGGCCCGAUCGCCGGCAUGCUCUUCGUGUCCACGGCGCGGGUCGCCUUCCGCAGCGACCGCUCCCUGGCGGUAUCCACCCCGCGCGGCGACAAGGCGCGCCUGCCGUACAAGGUGACGAUCCCGCUGCGGAAGGUGAAGGCGGCGCGGCCCAGCGAGAACAAGCACCGGCCGGAGCAGAAGUACAUCCAGCUCGUCACCAACGACGGUUUCGAGUUCUGGUUCUUGGGGUUCGUCAGCUACAACCGGUCGCUGCAGCACCUCGAGCAGGCCGUCGCGUACGCGCAGGCGCAAUGACGACGCGCACUGACGCACGAGUGGUGGAGCUGGUAGUUUCUUCGUGUGCACGCCGUGCCUCAUGCUCUGUAGUUGGGAUAGUUCUGUGUAUGUGUAGGCUGCAACAUGUCGUUGUAUAUUUGGGGGUCGCCUCGUGGAUUAAUCGGCUGGUUAGCAGCAAGUUGGUUAGAGGCGAUCAAUCAGGGGCAUGUGAUCUUUUUGGGGAUUGGCGAAGAGGAAAACUCAUGAGGUGGACAGAAAUGGUUGGGCGCCAGUGGCAAAAGUGUCAUCAAUAUCCAUUCUUUUCUCGAGAAAAAGAUGUGUUGAUAUGGUAUUGUGUGCUAUCAGAGGGCCUCUCAAAACUGUAGUUUUUCGUGACAUAAAUCUCUGGCUGCUGCACAGUGUGCAAGCGCGGCGAUUUCAUGCGUAUUAGCACCUGUAACUCCAUAAAAUUCUGGCAUAAUUUGAUGUACAUGAUGAUAUUCA